AUGAAGGUUAACAGUAGACAAACUGGUAAGUUUCGUAUAUGUCAGUUGAUCAUUGAGCAUAAUCACUAUCUUUCAAGUCCCAACAAAAGUCAUUUACACAGAUCACAUAGAAAGAUAAAUUCUAUUCAUGCAGCUGAAAUUGAUAUGGCAUACCGUGUGGGUAUAGCACCAAAAGUUUCUCAUGAACUUAUGGCACUACAAGUAGGAGGACGGGAGAACUUAGGUUUCAUUCCUGAGGAUUACAGGAAUUAUUUAUGUUCUAAACGAACAAUACAAAUGGAAGUUGGAGAUACAGGAGGCGUACUUGAAUAUUUGCAAAAAAUGCAAUUAGAGGAUCCUAAUUUCUUCUAUGCAAUUCAAGUGGAUCAAGAUGCUUUGAUUACAAAUAUUUUUUGGACUGAUGGAUUAAUGAGGGUAGAUUAUGCAAGUUUUGGAGAUGUUGUUUGUUUUGACACGACGUACAGAAAGAAUAAUGAAGGCCGUCCAUUUGCUUUAUUUGUUGGAGUGAAUAAUCAUAAACAGACUGCAAUAUUUGGGGCUGCUUUAUUAUAUGAUGAAACUACUUCAACUUUUGAGUGGUUGUUUGACACUUUUGCGAGAGCCAUGUCAGGGAAAAAACCAAACACUAUACUUACGGAUCAGGACGCAGCAAUGGCUAAAGGACUAAUUUCUACAUGGCCUGAAACACGUCACCGUCUUUGCAUAUGGCAUAUAUUUCAAAAUGCAGCUAUUCAUCUCAGUCAUGUGUUCGAAAAGUUUAAACAAUUUGCGAAUGAUUUCAGUAGAUGUGUAUAUGAUUUUGUUGAAGAAGAAGACUUUAUAUAUGAAUGGAAUUCUAUGUUGAAGAAGUAUGGUCUUGAGGACAAUGAUUGGUUAAAACGUAUAUUUGAAAUUAGAGAAAAAUGGGCAUUGGUGUAUGGAAGGGAAACAUUUUGUGCAGAUAUGACAACAACUCAAAGGAGCGAAAGCAUGAAUAGUGUGAUAAAAAGGUAUGUAACCUACAAGAAUAAAUUUCAUGAGUUUUUCAAUCAUUUUGAGAGGUUAGUUGAUUAUCGUAGAUAUAAAGAACUUCAAGCCAACUUUAGAGCAUAUAUGAGUACUCCAGUACUACCAUUUGAUGUUGAUGUUUUGAAACAAGCUGCAAGUGUGUAUACUCCUGAAGUAUUCAAAUGGUUUGAAGUUGAGUGGGGUAAAUCUCAUGAUUGUGGUAUAAUCACCUACAGUGAGGUUGGAACAGUGACAGAGUAUAAGAUCACUCCUAAAGGCAGAAAAAACUAUCAUAUGGUUAGAUUUGAUGCAAUAGGUGAUCAGAUUUCAUGUAGUUGCAGGAAGUUUGAAUUCUCUGGAAUUUUAUGCUCUCAUUCUCUGAAAGUUCUUAAUGUAAGAAACAUCAUGAAGAUCCCUAGUCAAUACAUAAUAAAAAGAUGGACCAGCAAAGCAAAAGCAGGAUAUAUUACAGACAAUGAUUCUUGCAAUAUCAAUAAUGAUUUGGAUCCGAAAGUGCUUUUUACGAAGCGUUAUAGAGAUUUGUGUAGACUAUAUACUCAAUUGGUCACAAAAGCUGCACAAGCAGAAGAAACUUAUAGAAUUGCUAAAGAAGGCCUUUUGAAAAUGUUGGAUUUGGUUGAUGCAAGGUUACAUCAAGAGGGGUUGAGCAAUGAGAUGUCAAAUGCAACAAAAGGUUCCAGCCCCACAAAUAAUACUACUAAUGCAAGUGGUAUCAAUAUCAAGGGCAUCAAAAAAAAGACGAAAACUAUUUCAGGCAAGAGACUGAGGAGUAGUCUAGAGAAGGCUACUAAGAGAAGAAGAUCAACAAAAAAAAGUUUGCAAAAUAGUGUAACUAUGAAGUUAUCAGCGUCAUCACAUGAUGAGCCUGUAGGAGAUAUUAUAAAUAUUGUAUCUACAGGAUGCAGUAUACAACAUCAUGGACUACAAGAGGCAAAUACAAAUGAGGUGAGCAUGAUAGAAUCUUUACAGUAUCAACAAAAUUAUGGCCAACUAUGCACUUUCAGUUCCAUGAACAUGACUGGCUUGCUUAAGGCUCAAGAAUUACAUGGUUUCGGAGGAGCAAAAAUAAAUCAGUUUGAAUUGAAUGACAACUCUUAUACUAUGGGACAAAAAGUUGGAGCUGAUUGCAAUGAAGAGAGAGUUAGAGAAAUAGGUUUUGCAAGACAUAAUAAGAGGUCUCCAACAUUUGCUCAUGGUGCUUUAGAUCUUUCCUCGCGGAAAAUUAGUGCAGUUAGGGAACUCAUUCCUCAAAUUCAUACAUUACUUGUCUAG